UUUUUCAAAAAGAAUAAUCAUUGAUACAGAUUGUUACCUUAAAACAUAUGUGCAAAAUCGAUAUAAUGGCGUUGUGCGAACGUGCAACACGUGGUGAGUGAAAACGGUGCAACUGCUACUGGUAAAUAAGGUUUCCGUGCGCGCAUAUUUUAUGCAAUUUAAUCCAAAUCAAAUCAUUCACCAGAACGAACGUGAUUGUAGGAAAGGUUUAGUGAUUCUGUUGAUGAAAUGAAGUAAAAUGUGAAACGAUGUACCUCAUAAAUGUUUAAACACCGCAGACGAAGCGGCCAAAGUGUUACGGCGGUGAAAUCGUGAACAAAAAUGACAUUUUCUUCGAGGAAGAGAAUGCCGUUCGUCGUACCGAGUACCGAGGAGUAGAGAAAGUUACAUCAUCAAACGUUUGUUUUGCAUCGUAUAUUUCGCGGGUCUAGCAGUGAGAAACCUGUUUCUUGUCCAAGGGAACCGAACAAUUCCAGACCUUAGGCGGCUUAGGAUAAAAGUCGAUGUCGUUGCUUUGUAUUUCGUCAGUCACGUCUUCGUUCCGGUUCAUGCAAAGUGCCGCCUCGAUUGCGUAAAUAUUCCCCACGUUUGGGAUCAUCUAGGGAAGGAUUUAUUUAACGGUGGACUAUCCCACUGCAGCGAGUGCAUGCAAUGCAAAUCGUGUCCAUCCGUGUCCAACACUAGCAGUGAGGCCAAGCCCCAGAGUGUGUGCUAAUAACGAUCGCUUUGCCGCAAAGUGAAGUGGAAUUGAUUUGUAAAAGUUUCACUUUUUCCUAUUUAACCAAUUGAUACAACAAGCGGGCAGGUGGUGGCCGUGAGAGAUGCGAUCAAUUGUCCGCGCCUGGAUGAGCAGAGAGCCAGUGAAAGCCGAGCUGCAGCAGUGUAGUGCCGUGGCCGUACGUCGCGAAGCAUAAACACAACCGCGUGAGCAUAAGCGCAAAAGCAGUACGAUCGCGCUCCUGCCCAAGAUGAGCGCGGAGAGCACCCUUUAGCGCUGCCAAGUAUCGCAUUCGCAUUGUUCCGAUUGCAAGAAGAAAAGUUGUGCCACUUUCACGUGUGUCACCCAGCAGAUCAGUGCGGUGUUUUGUGGUGUGUCGUUUGUCAAGACGUUUGUUGCCUGUUGCAUUGGAAAAUAUUGGUGAUCGUGGUUGGAAACCCUCGCAUACACGCCCGACUCCAUCGAAGAAAAGAUGUCGCUCGCUAGAAUGUACGCAAUGCAGGCCCGCCUGCGGACACAUUUGCAGAAGAGUGCCGUGCAGAAGCUAGCCACGACCAUCCCAGGCCAGAUGCUAGAAACGACGGUUCCACGACGGUGUAUCGCUUCUGGUUUGAUAAGGCACGAGAAGCAGGCACCGAAACCUGUGCCCAAGCACGACUGGAAUCGGGCGGUCAGUGAGGCGGAAAAGAUCGUUGGCUAUCCGACGUCGUUCCUCAGUCUUCGGUGGCUGCUGAGCGAUGAAAUUGCCAACGUAGCGCUGCACCUGCGGAAGCUGGUCGGCAGCAACCAUCCACUGCUUCGUACAGCCAAAAUACUGAUCUACAACGGCAAAAACAACAUGCAAGCCUGGGGACUAAUUGUUUUGCUCGUCUCCAAAGCGGUCGGGCAUGCACCGACGGUACCGGAUCUGGAACAGGAUAAAAGUGCCGGCGUUCUGCAGUCGCAGCGUGGAUUGGCGGAAAUUACGGAAAUGAUCCGUACCGCCCAUCUCGUCCACCAGGGACUGGUCAAUCUGCAACCGUUGGACGGUGCCGGCAAUGAGCUGGGCAGCGACAGCGAUACCAUCUUUGGCAACAAGAUUGCCCUGCUGAGCGGGGACUAUCUGCUCGGGAACGCUUGCCUGCAGCUGGCCGGUCUCCGCAAUCAACCGCUCAUCGAGCUUAUCUCAUCGGCCGUACGGGAUUUGGCCGAAUCGAACUUCUUCGGCGAACGGGAUCAACAGAACAAUCCGGUGCCAUCGCGUCCACUAGAAUCACCGGUAGCUGGUAGCAUUGGUAGCAGCGGAUCGAAUGUGGAUCUUAGCUUCGGUGAUGCAAUCGACAACACGCAACCGCUCAGCUUGGCCGGUGUGAUGGGCAAUCCGGAGAAGGAGUGGGCCCUGCGGCACAUACUCGGGGCGGGAAGUUUGCUGGGGAAAAGCUGCCAGGGUGCGAUGAUGCUGGCCGGACAGCCGGAAGCCUUGCAACGGCGCGGCUACAUGUUUGGGAAGCAUCUCUCCCUAGCAUGGCAGGCCUGUAUCGAUCUGGAACCGUUCAACAGUGAUCAGCUUCCUUCGGGUGGACAAUUUAGCUUAGUGUCCGCACCGGUUCUGUUCCAUCUCGAUCACGAUCCCUCACUGUACGACGAAAUUCAAAAGGGGCUAGUUUCGGUGGAUAGCGUAGAUUUUGGCAAGGUCCAUGCAGCAGUUUUGAAAGGACCGGGCUUGGAGCGGACACGCGCACUGCAGAAGAAACACAGCCUUGCCGCGAUGGAUGUACUGAACGAGCUGCCACCGUCGGACGCACGAACCGCGCUGCAAAACAUUAUCCUUGCCAUGCAGGACAUCUAGCGAACGUCGCGGUACCAUCAAGCACUAAAUGACGCAUCGCAACUCACGUCUUUUCAGGGCUCUUUUCGUCCGACGCCCGUCUGUACCGCCAAUCGGGAAAUCAAUGUCACGGAAAAGAGUUAGCUGAUGAGAGCGAGCAAGGGUAUUUGAUCGACAAUGACUGUUUUAGCAAGCAGCUAAAAUGCUACACAGCAAAACGUACCAUUCCGUCCAGAGUGUGAAUUUUUAUGAUUAUGGUAGAUAGAAUAUGAGGCAGUGUUUUCAAAGCGGGAAUUUAGUUCAUUAGAGCAAUUGAUGUGUGUAAGUAAAAAAAAACAGGAAAACUACUUUACAAGAAAAAGUAGCUUCAUUACUCUACCUUUAGAGCUGUUGUUGUUCCCAGAUGUAUUGUCUGCAUCGUGGCAACAACCAGCGAUUCAAUACGUUUGUAGAAACUGUUAGAAAAUUGUUAACAAUACGUAUGCUUUCGUUACAUCGAUGACAAAACAUCAAUCCAUGCACAAUCCAUGUGUAGAUUUGUAAAUUUGUAAAACAAUCAGACUAAGCUUUUGGCGCCUCACACUCACCUGCAAUUCGAGGAGAAACAGUUGUUAGGUUUGAACCGCACUAGUUAAAUGGUGGUUCACAAGGGAUCGCUGCAGUGUUUUGUUUUUAAGCUGUUUAGGACAAAUCGUACUCGGUCCAGCGGACCUCAAUAAUGCUAAGUGGGCUAUUGGUUGUGUUUUGUUAUGGUUGUAUUUCUGUUUCGUUGCCUUUCCUAUGGUUUACUUUCGCGCGAUACCACGUGCUCGCCAAACGGUUUCACCUCUGUAUGUGUUUACAUCUUUGUUAUAAUGUAGUUAACUAUUUAAAACACUGUUGAUGGAAAAGAUAUAAACUUAACAAAACCCAA